GAAAGAAUAACGUGUGAGAGAGAGCGAGGGAGAGAGACAGCAAGAAGAAGAAGGGCGAUUUGAAGUUGGGCUCGGAGGGAACGGACGUUUGGAAGUUAUUACUGGUUUAUUUAUUCUGUGAGCCCUCAAAAUGUGCUGAAUGCGAUAAUUAUUUUCCAAAACGCCUGGAGGGUUUAUUAAGCGAGGCCCGGUUGCCAUAGCGACGCGUUGGCAGGAUAUUGCCGGGGAUAAGGCAUAAUGGGUCUCCUGACACAGCUGGGCCUGCUACUCUGGAAGAACUUCAUUCUCCGGAAGAGACAAAAGAUCCGCCUGGUGGUCGAGCUGAUAUGGCCGCUGUUCCUGUUCUUCAUCCUGGUCGGCGUUCGCUCCACCAACAAGCCCAUCUACAAAGGCCAGUGUCAUUACCCUAACAAAGCCAUGCCCUCCGCUGGCGUGUUGCCGUGGUUACAAGGGAUGAUGUGCAACAUCAACAAUCCCUGCGUGAGCCACCCGACGGCGGGAGAGACCCCGGGUCAGGUCAACAACUUCAACGGCUCCAUAAUCGCAGGGCUUCUGAUUGAGCUUCAGACCCUUGUGGUCGAGCGAUCCAUCCUGACCAAGGCUCAGCGUCUCUCUGGGGAUCUGGACCAAUGGGCUUUGAUCUUGGAGAAGUCGAAUCCAGCCAAUGGUCAGCCCAUCGCCCUGAGGAACGUUCUGAAUGACGACGAAAGGUUCACCGCGUAUCUGAGAGGGAACUUAUCCGUGCCCUCGUCCGUCGUAGAUGGGCUGAUGUCUUCACAGCUCCGCAUGAAUCCGGGCAUGGGCACAUCGAGCCCAGACAACCUGAAGACUGCGCUGUGUGACGGCACCAGUCUGGACAGAUAUGUGCUCUUCACCAGCCCCGCUGACAAGCAGGCCUUUCAGAACAUCAGCUGCUCUCUCACCCCUCAGCAGCUGACAGGAGCCAGGCGCGCUUUCCUGGAGAACCUGGACUCGAGGAAAGUCUUCUCUGCUAUACCACAAACCUUGGCUCUGGAUCCAAGAGAGACAUUUAACUUGCUGUCCAAAACAUCCAUGGAUGCAAUACCAGUGAUCGGAGAGAUAGCCGCACUGCAAAACUCGGAUGUCCUGAAGGCUGCGUACGAGCUGAAUUUCAGUGAAGACAUGUUUGGCAGCAUCAACACGCUGCUAUGUGGUCAACAACCAGACAGCAACUCCACCAACACGACCAGCGCUUUCCAAGGGUUCGGAGGGAGGCAGAACAACACAGACGGCAACGGCACGUUAGCCGGCGCUGGAAGUCGAAAUUCCAGUGUGUUUUGCCAGACCUUGGUGGAGACCCUGGAGGGGACCCCUGGUCUCCGGGUCGUCUGGAGCACCUUCAGGCCUCUGCUGCAGGGCAAGGUCCUCUACACUCCAGACACACCUGCAACCCGACGAAUGGUGAAAGAGGCAAAUAGUACAUUCAACGCCUUGGCCAUGUUGAGGGAGCUGGCGGACGCCUGGGACGUUCUUGGACCUCGGCUUUGGAACUUCCUUCAAGAUGGCCGCCAAGUCAAUGCACUGCGGAGCCUGUUGGCUAAUCCGCUGUUUGCCGUCGGCCUCAACCAGCAACUGACCAGCUCAAGAUUUUCGGCCGAGCAGCUGGCCAACUUCCUGUACAACGGGCCCCCGGAGGAGCGGCCCGCGGGCAUGCCGCCCUCAGACUGGCGCGACAUGUUCAACACCACCAGCCAAGUCCUGGAGCUCCUCAAGCAGUUCAUUGGGUGUCUGGACCUGAAUAAGUUUGAGGCUGUCCCCAGUGAGAAGCAUCUGGUGAACAAAGCCCAGGAGCUUCUGAAGGAGGACAAAUACUGGGCCGGUAUCGUGUUCCAAGACCUGAAGAACGAUACCAGCACCCCCCCUCCUCACGUCAAGUACAAAAUCCGCAUGGAUAUCGACGAGGUGGAACGCACGAAUAAGUUAAAAGAAAGGUCAUGGUCCCCGGGGGCCAGAGACAACGCCUUCAACGACCUGCGCUACAUUUGGGGAGGAUUUGCCUACCUCCAGGACAUGAUGGACCACGGUAUCAUACGCACUCAAACAGCCACAGCCCAGCCCCUCGGUGUGUUUGUCCAGCAAAUGCCAUACCCCUGCUAUGUGGAUGACGCCUUCGUCCAGAGCAUCGGAGCCAUCCUCCCCAUGUUCCUGGUGCUGUCCUUUAUGUACUCCAUCUGCAUGAUGAUCAAAGGCCUGGUCCUGGAGAAGGAGCUCAGGCUCAAGGAGGUCCUGCGGGCCGUCGGCGUCCGCAACGGAGCUCUGUGGCUCGCCUGGUUCGUCGAGAACUUGGCACUGCUCGCGGUGCCGUGCGUUCUAAUGAGUGUCCUGCUUAAGUACGGCAAGGUGCUGCAGUACAGCGACCCCUCGGUGAUCUUCGUCUUCCUGCUGGUCUUCUGCCUGUCCACCAUCAUGCAGUGCUUCUUCAUCAGCGUCUUCUUCUCCAAGGCCAACCUGGCGGCCGCCUGCGGAGGCCUCAUCUACUUCGUCCUCUACCUGCCGCACGUCCUCUGCUACGCCUGGCGAGACGUCAUGGGCUUCGGCGCCAAGAUCGCUGUGAGUCUGCUGUCGUGUGUGGCCUUCGGGUACGGCUGUGAGAACUUCUCCAAGUAUGAGGAGCAGGGCAUCGGGAUCCAGUGGAGCAACAUCCGCAGAAGCCCAGAAGACGGAGAGCGCUACAGCUUCAUUGUGUCCAUCUUCAUGAUGCUGGUGGAUUCCCUUCUUUACUGGUUUCUGACUUGGUACAUCGAGAAUGUGUUUCCAGGCCAAUAUGGAAUCCCCAAGCCCUGGUACUUUCCUUUCACCACCUCCUAUUGGUGUGGGACGACCUCCGCCAGUGACGCUGACCUCACUUUGCUCAAGGAGAACGGACAGUAUAACGAUCGCCUGGAAAAGCCGGCUCCUGAGAUGAAGGCAGGGGUUUCAAUUAGGAACCUUGUGAAGAUCUACAAAACGGGUAAAAAACUUGCUGUGGACGGCCUGAGUGUGGACUUCUAUGAAAACCAGAUCACUUCAUUCCUCGGUCACAAUGGGGCCGGGAAAACAACCACCAUGUCAAUCCUGACAGGCCUUUUUGCCCCUACAUCUGGGACGGCGUUCGUUAACGGACUUGAUAUCCGGACAGACAUGGACACCAUCAGGAAGCACUUGGGAAUGUGUCCACAGCACAAUGUUUUAUUUAAUGACUUGACUGUCGAGGAGCACAUCUACUUCUACGGCCGUCUGAAGGGGCGCAGCCGCGCCGAGGUGAACAUGGAGAUCCACCAGAUGCUCGCAGACGUGGGCCUGCCGCACAAGCGAAAGGAACUGGCCAAGAACCUGUCAGGUGGGAUGCAGAGGAAACUGUCCGUAGCCAUCGCUUUUGUGGGCGGCUCCAACAUCGUCAUCCUGGAUGAGCCCACGGCAGGAGUGGACCCCUACGCCCGCAGGGGGAUCUGGGACCUGCUGCUCAAGUACAAACAAGGCCGCACAAUCAUCCUCUCCACACACCACAUGGACGAGGCGGACAUCUUGGGAGACCGCAUCGCCAUCAUCUCCCACGGGAAGAUGUGCUGCUGUGGCUCCUCCCUCUUCCUGAAGAAGUGCUUCGGCAGCGGGUACUACCUGACCCUGGUGAAGGUGGCAGAGGGGGGGACAUCCCAGCGCCCAGCAUCCACGCACACUCAGGUCAAAGAGGAGGAGGCCUGUCCCUCCAUGAACAGCAGUGUGGAUGAGGGGAUCGACAGCCAGAGCUGGACCAACUCUUCGGAGCCCUCAGACCUUACAGCCAUUAAUAGGCUGGUGCGCAGGCACAUACCCGAGGCAGUGUUUCUGGAGAACAUCGGCCAGGAGAUUACCUACAUCCUCCCCUACAGCGGGGCCCGGGACGGCACUUUCGCCCUGCUCUUUAAAGAGCUGGAUCUGGAGAUGGGCGACCUGGGAGUCUCCACAUAUGGAAUCUCCGACACAACACUGGAGGAGAUUUUCCUGAAGGUAGCGGAGGACACGGGUGUUGAUGUGGAGGAGCCAGCUAAAAAUGAAGCAUUGGUACGAGACUGGAAAAGGAGUUCCCGUGAAUCCAAGCGGAACAGUGUGGCUAAUGUCAGGACAGAUUCAGACCAAGUCCCCAUGAAAAGUGAGGAUUUUAAGGGGCGGUUUACCAGAAAAGUGGAAGCCUCGGAGAAGGUGGCCAACACCAAUGGCAAGGGCUCCGUGGUGAUCACCGGCUGGGAGCUGAUCCGCCGCCAGUUCCUGGCGCUCUUCAUCAAGCGCUUCCACUACGCCAGGAGGAGCCGCAAGGGACUCGUCGCCCAGGUGGUCCUGCCAGCCGUGUUCGUCUGCCUGUCUCUCAUCUUCUCCCUGAUCGUCCCCCCCUUCUCCGAGUACCCCAGCCUGGAGCUCCAGCCCUGGAUGUACGGCCUCCCUCAGACCACCUUCUUCAGCAAUGACGGGCCUGAUAAGAUGGAGGUGUCUCGUGUGGUCGACUCGUUGGUAAACAAGCCUGGAUUUGGAACUCGCUGCAUGACUGGGGACCCCAUACCGAAGUUGCCGUGUGCCUUAAACGCCUCUGAUUGGCUCACCCCCUCUGUGGAUCCAUCCAUCAGCGACAUCUUCCUCAACGGGAACUGGACCAUGGCUAACCCCUCCCCUUCCUGUCAGUGCAGCACCCCUCAACGCACCAUCAUGCUGCCUGACUGCCUUCCAGGGGCUGGAGGUCUCCCCCCUCCUCAGAGGAUACAGAACACCACAGACACACUGCAGGACCUGACGGGAAGGAAUGUGACUGACUUCCUGCUCAAGAAGUACGGACAGUCAGGCCGAAGCAGGUACGGAGGGAUCUCCGUAGGAGGGGUCAACUCCCAGGUGCGGAUGACGGCGCCGGAAAUUGAAGCCGUGACCAGGGAUUUGAAGAUCCUGUUCAAUUCCUCCAUGGAUAAUACCACUGAUCAGAUCCUGCAGAAUGCCGAGACCCUGCUGAAGGAGCUGGGAACGCGGGACAACGUCAAGGUGUGGUUCUACAACGAGGCGUGGCACAGCCUGGUGUCCUUCCUCAGCGUGGCCAACAACGCCAUCCUGAGGGGCAACCUGUCGAUGGGCCAGAGCCCGCGGGACUACGGCAUCUCCACCUCCAGCCACCCUCUCAACCUCACCAAGGAGCAGCUCUCCAUGGCACUAGCGACGACCUCCACCGACGUUGUGGUGUCCAUCUGCGUGAUCUUCGCCAUGUCCUUCAUCCCGGCCAGCUUCGUCCUCUUCCUCAUCCAGGAGCGGGUCUCCAAGGCCAAGCACCUGCAGUUUGUCAGCGGGGUCAACCCCGCCGUCUACUGGCUGGCUAACUUCGCCUGGGACAUGUGCAACUACAUCGUCCCGUGUGUCAUCGUCAUCGUCAUCUUCCUGUGCUUCCAACAAAAGUCCUACGUGUCACCGGCCAACCUGCCGGCGUUGAUCCUGCUGCUGCUGCUGUAUGGGUGGUCCAUCACCCCCAUGAUGUACCCUGCCGCGUUCUUCUUCACCGUCCCCAGCACGGCCUACGUGGUUCUCACCUGCAUCAACCUCUUCAUCGGCAUCAACGGCAGCGUGGCCACCUUCGUCAUGGAGCUCUUUGACGACGAGAACAUCUCCAACAUCAACAACAUCGUGAAGCAGGUGCUGCUGAUCUUCCCUCACUUCUGUCUGGGCCGAGGCCUCAUCGACAUGGCCAAGAACCAGGCCAUGGCCACUCUGUUCAGCAGCUUCGGGGAAGACCGUUUUAAAAACCCUCUGGGCUGGGACAUGGUGGGGAAGAACCUGUGUGCCAUGUGCACAGGACUGGUCAUGUUCACCAUCACACUCCUCAUCCAGUACAAUUUCUUCUUCAAACCCAGACUCGUUUCCGGCGAGUCGCUGCCCAAGGGGGAUGAGGACGUGGAUGUGGCUCGGGAGCGACAACGCGUGCACCAAGGCGGCGGCAAAAACGACCUCCUGCGAAUCUGUGAUCUCACCAAGGUGUACCGAGGGAAGAAGGUUCCCGCUGUGGACAGGGUGUGUGUGGGCGUGCCCGCCGCUGAGUGCUUCGGCUUGCUUGGAAUCAACGGCGCGGGAAAAACCACCACCUUUAAGAUGCUGACUGGAGACAUCGCUGUCUCCGGAGGCGAGGCCUUCCUAAACGGAUACAGCAUCCGCACGCAGAUGCGGGACGUGCACCAGAACAUGGGCUACUGCCCGCAGUUCGACGCCAUCAACGACCUCCUGACUGGACGCGAGCACCUGGAGUUCUACGCCCGCCUGCGCGGCGUAGCGGAGAAGGAGGUUGCCACGGUUGCCGAAUGGGGGAUCCAAAAGCUGGGCCUUGUCAAAUAUUCCAACAAGUCGGCCGGAACCUACAGCGGCGGGAACAAACGCAAGCUCUCCACCGCCAUGGCUCUGAUUGGCUGCCCCCCCGUGGUCUUCCUGGACGAGCCGACGACAGGAAUGGACCCCAAAGCUCGCAGGUUCCUGUGGGACUGCAUCCUGAGUGUCAUCAAAGAAGGACGCUCGGUCAUUCUGACGUCGCACAGCAUGGAGGAGUGUGAGGCUCUGUGCACCCGCAUGGCCAUCAUGGUGAACGGACGCUUCAUGUGUCUGGGCAGCAUCCAGCACCUGAAGAGCAGGUUCGGCGAAGGCUACACACUGAUCGUGCGCGUCGGAGGGUCUCCGCCUACCCUGGCCCCCGUGGAGGAGUUUGUCCAGGAGACCUUCCCCGGCAGCGUCCUGAAGGAGAAGCACCACAACACCCUGCAGUACCAGCUCCCACACAGCGAGGGCGCCCUGGCCACCAUCUUCAGCCAGUUCACCACCCACCAGGAGAGACUGGCCGUGGAGGACUACUCGGUGUCGCAGACCACCCUGGAUCAGGUCUUCGUGAACUUUGCGAAACACCAGCAUGACGAGAGCGGUCCUGUGACCUACGACAACCCUGUGGACACGUCAGACGAGGUGCCCAUGGAGGCCAUGAAGACAUCACUGGCGGCAGAAAAUGUCUAAGUCCUAUCACCACUUC